CAGGAGGCUGCAGGAGGCUGCAGGAGGCUGCAGGAGGCUGCAGGAGGCUGCAGGAGGCUGCAGGAGGCUGCAGGAGGCUGCAGGAGGCUGCAGGAGGCUGCAGGAGGCUGCAGGAGGCUGCAGGAGGCUGCAGGAGGCUGCAGGAGGCUGCAGGAGGCUGCAGGAGGCUCGGACCCCCGUCCUCCUUCGUCCCUUCCCACCCCCAGGCCUCGGCAGGACCCCGACGGGCCCGGGAUCCAGCCGCCGCCCAGCACGCCCAGGCCAAGACUAGCCGGGCUCCGCUCUCCCCGGGCUACGGGAGGAUGAGCCGGUGACGGAGGCCGAGACGGGAGCCGGCGACGGAGGCCGGGACGGCUGCCGGCGGGAACCAUGGCGCAGGGCAACGUGGGGAUCAACAGCGAGUACGGGGACUGGGGCUGGAGCGCGGAUGCGGGGGAGCGGGCCCGGCUGCUGCAGAGUCCCAGCGUGGACACCGUCCCCAAGGCCGACGGGGAAGAGGCGGGGACCCGCGCGGGCUCCACCUCCACCCUCGGGGCCGUCUUCAUCGUGGUGAACGCCUGCCUGGGCGCCGGCCUGCUCAACUUCCCCGCCGCCUUCAGCACCGCGGGAGGGGUGGCGGCCGGCGUCGCGCUGCAGAUCGCCAUGCUGGUCUUCAUCAUCAGCGGCCUCGUCAUCCUGGCCUACUGCUCCCAGGCCAGCAACGAGCGCACCUACCAGGAGGCGGUGUGGGCCGUGUGCGGCCGGCUGAGCGGCGUGCUCUGCGAGGUCGCCAUCGCCGUCUACACCUUCGGCACCUGCAUCGCCUUCCUCAUCAUCAUCGGGGACCAGCAGGACAAGAUCAUCGCCGCGCUGCUGAAGGAGCCGGAGGGGCCGAGCAGCGGCGGCCACUGGUACACGGACCGCAAGUUCACCAUCAGCCUCACCGCUGUGAUCUUCAUCCUGCCUCUGUCCAUCCCCAGGGAGAUCGGCUUCCAGAAAUACGCCAGCUCCUUGAGCGUCCUCGGCACCUGGUACGUGACCGCCAUUGUCAUCAUCAAAUACAUCUGGCCGGACAAGGAGAUGGUCCCCCGCGAAAUCCCUACCAGGCCUGCCUCCUGGAUGGCCGUGUUUAAUGCCAUGCCCACCAUUUGCUUCGGAUUCCAGUGUCACGUGAGCAGCGUACCCGUCUUCAACAGCAUGCGGCGGCCGCGAGUGAAGACCUGGGGCGGGGUGGUGACGGCCGCCAUGGUCAUCGCGCUCUUCGUGUACCUGGGGACAGGCAUCUGUGGCUUCCUCACCUUUGGGGUGAGCGUGGACCCAGACGUGCUCCUCUCCUACCCCUCGGACGACGUGCCGGUCGCUAUCGCCCGGGCCUUCAUCAUCCUCAGCGUGCUGACCUCCUACCCCAUCCUGCAUUUCUGCGGCCGGGCGGUGCUGGAGGGGCUCUGGCUGCGCUACAAGGGGGAGGCGCUGGAGGAGGACGUGGUGCGGGAGAGACGGCGCCGGCUGCUGCAGACGGCCACCUGGUUCCUGCUGACGCUGCUCCUGGCCCUCUUCAUCCCGGACAUCGGGAAGGUCAUCUCCGUCAUCGGGGGCCUGGCCGCCUGCUUCAUCUUCGUCUUCCCAGGACUGUGCCUCAUCCAAGCCAAACUGUCUGAAAUAGAAGAAGUAAAACCAACCAGCUGGUGGCUGCUGGUCAGUUACGGCGUGCUCAUGGUCACCUUGGGGGCCUUCAUCUUUGGCCAGACCACAGCCAAUGCCAUCUUUGUGGACCUCAUGGCCUGACCUUAUUUGGCCAGGACGACCCUCGGCCUUUUCCUUCAGGCCUCGAGGGAGUAGAUUUCCCCACCCCCGCCCUCUCCCAGCGGCUGC